CCCCCGUGACGCCAGCGGCGCGCGGCAUGCCGGGAGCAGUAUUGAUUCGAGCGGACAAGAUGGCAGCCGCGCGACGUUGAACCGGGUGUGAGCUCGCCAGCAUAUGGGCGGAACUUGGGCGUCGUGGUGAGGACACGCCGUCAGUUAUGAACUCGGCGGUGCUGCGGCCGUGGCGCGGCGGGCUGCUGUUGCUGCUCGUGCUGACGGGGUUCCGCGCCGCUGCAGACACGGACUUCUACCAGGAUGAGGACUACGGAGCGGCCGGCCUGCCCGCCUUCACGUACAGCUUCCCUGCCCAGGAGGACGAGUCCUCGCCCUUCGUGCGUCCCUCGGACCCGCGCUACUACCACGACACCCGCGGCGAGCCAGGCCUGGACCCGCGGCCAGAGUGGAGGCUCCCCAGCCAGACAGUGAGCACGGCAGGGGCCGAGGACAAGAACGACUCGUCAGUGUCGCGGAUGAUGCUGGCCGAACCUGCCGGCUCCGCCUUUGAUGUGUACUUCAUAGCAAUGGUCGCGGGUUGCAGUGCUGCAGCUGCCGUUGCUGUCAUCGCAAUUAUUGUCGGCUGGUGCAGGUGGCAGAAGAGGGUGAAGGCAGCGGCGGAGGUGGAGUACCCUGCGUACGGGGUGACGGGCCCCAACAAGGAGGUGUCGCCAACGGGGGAUCGCCGCCUGGCGCACUCCGCCCAGAUGUACCACUACCAGCACCAGAAGCAACAGAUCCUGGCCAUGGAGUCGUCGAGUCGCUCGACCAACGACAGGAACGGCUCAGUGUCCGAUCCGGACAGUGACGAGGAGAACGAAGAAGGCGACUACACGGUGUACGAGUGCCCGGGCCCCGCCCCGAUCGGAGAGAUGGAGGUGAGGAACCCUUUGUUCCUGGACGACCCGACUCCGGCCACGCCCCAGGGUCGCCUCAACGGGGCGGCCACCAACGCCAAGUAGACCUUCUCCCGCCCCGUCCCGCCUUGCAAGUACGUGGUCAAGACCUGUUGUGUGCAGAACAGGCUCCCGGACGACUUCACGUGCAGGAACCAUGUUUACUUCAAGUGUACAAUGUAUCAAUUCAAUCAGACCUACCUUUCUCGCAGUAUCCAUUUCAUCCUUGAUGUAUAUUCUUCUGUAAUAGUGUUAAUAUUAUUUGUACAGCACGUAAUUGUGGUUUAGAAUUAAUGUGAGAAAUCAAAGUAAAUUAGAAGGAAUAUUUGAAUGUCUGGUGUAAAUAUUUGUUUGAUAAAGAAAAGAAAUAUUUCUUUGCCAUGGACCGAGUCUUUGUAGGUGAUGCUUGCUACAAGUGCGGCUCCAGUUGAGGAGGGGAGGGGGCAGGGGACAAUAGCCCCAUCUGAGCCCAAAUUUUUUAAAAAAUUUUGGUAGUGUAUAUUUAUGCUAACUUAAAUACUUUAAUUCACGUGUUAAACUUUUUUUAUAUCAAAAGUUGUUUGAAACUAUUAAAUAACAGUUUAUGAGACCAUAAAUUUCUAAAUAUUCGCAGCCUAUCUCUGACUGAUUUAGGUUCUUUUACACUGGGCCACACAAAAUGCGCAAGAGUUGUCUCGAGCGACCGUGAACAUGCCAGUUCACCACAUUCCCAAUCACCAGUAUAAAAAUUAAUUUGGAGGAAGCAAGUGCAUUGUUUGUGUUGUUGCUACAGUGAAAGAAAUGCAGUAAAAACCAAAGAAAUGGAUUUAUGCGAUUCUUUGUUGAGCAAUAAAAAGAUUUGAAACAAACAUUUUUUUUUUAGUACUCUCUGAGUAGUCCUUUGCAGGCAUGUUCCAGAUUGCGAUUCCCUCCUGCACUUCUAAAUUAAACCUUUCGGUGUGGAAACUUUAUUCUGCCAUCACUCAAAGAAACAGCUAUAUUGCAGGAAAUGGCUUGAUUAUAAACGUGCCAGUGUGCACAACCCCGACCACUGCUGGUGUGAAUAGCUCUGUUUGGUUUCAUGUUACCACGGUGUGGCGCGUUUCUAUUGGCGCGCUUACAGUGUGAAGGGAGCCUCAAUGUCAUGUUUUGCAACUGCAUCCUUUAUUUGCGUGAUAGCUCCUCCUGAGAAGUGUUCUUGGAGCCGCCCUUGGCUUGCACGUGUCGUCACCUCAGUUUUGUCUGCGUCUUCUCGACACGGCAGUUUCUGUGUCUGGCGUGUUGUCGCUCGCCGAUGUGCUGUCGUGAGCUUGGCUGGGUGCGCAUGAAGCAUGUUCCUCAUCCGGCAGAUCCCGCUAAGUCCAAGUUAAGUGUGCUGUCACUCCAUCACAGUAAUGAAAAAUAGCUUGACGUGAGUUCAACCUGAAUAAAAUUUUUACAUCUCAUUAGUUUUAUUCAUUUUAUUUUCGAUACUUAGAGUUUCUUAAACAGCUACAUCAUUAGAGCUGGAGAAAUCCAAUUCAUUCAUGGGAACAUGAGAAGAAACCAUCCUUCAUCAGCCUGGAGUGUUUAAAUUAGAAUGGUUGAGCCAAGAUUUAAGCCCCGGUUCUUCCUAAUGCGAGCAGCGUUUUGCCACUGCACCACAUUGCUUAGUUUGAGCAUUAUUGUAUAAUUGUCUUUUUCAAAUUACCAUUAAAAUAUAUUAAAUUAGCAUACUAUUUUUUUAAACACUAUUAUGAAACAAAUAUGUGUACAUUGAACAUGACUUGAGUAGACUGACUGCCAUAUCCAAGCAUAUGCUCUCUUAUUUUGAGCUAACUAUACUUAGUUCAGUUUGUAAAAAUAUUGUCAUCACUUCCAUUACUAUCAUAAUUUUAUUUUAAGUGAAGAUUUUGUUAUAUCUAUUUAAUAAUUUACAAUAUAUUUAUGUGAAUGUGACCAUACUUAUUCUUUAAUUUGAUUUGGCAUCUGCUUAGAGAAUACACCACUACUGCAGUGACAAGGAGAUCUCUGUGUGUAUAGAUCUGUAACUAAUCAGAGGAUGUUAGAGAAGGACUUACAAGAACUAUACUGAUAUUUGUUGUUUGUUGGAGGCUAGCAUGGGAUGCGCGGUGCUCGUGUCUGUGCAUUGCGCACCGAGCAUUGUGCUUUGUGCUCGAUCGUGUCUGGAAACACCUUUAAGUCAUCACUUGAAAUGUUUCCAGUGUUGAGUGUGUGUACACAACAGUCACAUGGACAGUCAACGGUCUGCCUAGCGGCAACCACACACUUCUCUUUGAAUAGCUGUUUCCAAUUUAGCUUAGCUCCCAUUCUACACUGUCCCAUUCAUAGUCAAUGCCAGAUGCUUAGUUUAAUGCAUGAAACAAUUUUCAUGGUUCCUGGAAAAAGUGUAAAAGUACGGGGUUUUACUAUUUCACUGUUAUUAGAAAUGCUGCACUGUUUGACUAAAGUACCUGUGCUGUUACUUAUUGUUUUGGAAGGAGAUGGCAGGUUGUGAAAGAUGUGUUGUUUAAUAAAGUGCAAGAGUAGUGAUCAUGUGCUUCCUACCUGUGAGUGUGUUGGCUCUGUUGUGUUAGAUUUAUUGUGGUUUGCUCAUAUUAUCCAUUUCCUCUUCCAUUUGAGUUCUGCCAUCGUGGUCUGGUCAGCCAGUAGCAAUUCCUGCAUUUCUCUACCUUUUGUCUCUCAAUGGCCUUGCACCUGGGUAGAUUAAAACACAGUUUAUAUUGGAAGAAGACUCCUACUCAAUAUUUCUAAAGAGAGUACUUCUUAACAGUUGACUUCUCAAAGUAAAAAAGGUAGUAUUUCUUUGAUAUCUACCUAAAAAUUACAUAGCAAAAGUUUUUUUUAUCAGAUUUGAAUAUAUAACAGUUAAAGUUCACCGUUCCUCUAUUUUGAGUAUUUUACCGCAGGAGGAAAAAGUAGUAGUAUAUUUCCUCUAUAGUUCCAGUGCCUUGAGAAGGCCCGUCAUUGUGACUGGAACAUGCACUGCACUCUACCGAACGUGUAAGUCUCAUUACAGUCAACCAGUUGAAGAAAAAAAAAUUAAUAAUCCUGAUAUUCUGGUGAAUAUUUUUAAUGUUUUUUAUAACAAUAUUUUUUUACACACUAUUAAAAAUCCUGCAUUGUUACAAGAGUUCCUAAUUUUUUUUAAAUUAAAAAAAGUAAACGGAUUUUUAAAAAAGCCUUAAUUCUUUUUAUGUUUUCUGCUAAGUGCGGCAACGUUUCGAAGCCAAGACAAGAGUGAGCAACUGACUUGCUGGACUGCUCUCGAGGUCUGUACACUCGAAUGCGAUAUUGAAGGUAGAUACCAAUUACAAAGUUAGAUGUGUGACAGAAAUAAAAUGUUAGUUCUGGAAACAACAAAAACAAAAUAUUUUAACCCAGCAAUCAAUAAAAUGUCAACCAAAGUGAUUCUUUGAGGUAGGUUACGAAAACACCUACUUUGUCAGGCGUGUUCCCUUCCGAGUUCCCCAGUCAGUGACUUGCACACGUCCAUAAACUGGCCUCCACUUGAACGCCAGGUCAUUAAGUUUACACGAAGCAGUUCUGUCUGUGGGUGCGGCGGAGAUGCAGUGCUUGUUGGAAGGUGAGGUCCCCUCGGUGCAGGCCCAAGCCUGGCGCCUGGCGCCACACCCGUGUUGAGGGGGUCCAAGCCCUUCCCUCACAGUGACGGUGCUGUGACAAGUUGUUUUCUCAAGCCAUCGCUAGAACUGAUCAGUUCAAUAGGUUGGACAAGAUUAUAUGGUGAAUUGCGAUAAAAUGGAAAAAACUCCAUGAAGCAUGCCAAUACAACAUAUAACACCAAAAUGCAAUGUAAUACACCAUUUAUAACCAAAAUGUAUCUAAAAAAAAAUCAAUCAGCAAUUUGACAAAACUUAACUAAAUUCAUGGUUUAUUCAUGGAAUGUAAUUUAUGUAUAAUGCAUUUUGUACCAGAAUGUAUGAUCUAAAUUGAUUGGAAAAAAAAAUUAUUAUUUAUUAUUAUUAUGUUUGAUUUAGCAUCUCUUACAUUGGUAACACGUUUUUACAUUAUUGAUGGCACAUGUUUCAAACACACAAAAACUUGUAGACCUAUUUUAAUUUUAUGAGUAUGUAGUAGUUCUGUUUGAGACAUGCUUAUUAUUAUUACUAAUUAUUUUACUGUACACGUGCAUCAGGUGUCAAUCGAACUAGGACUAUUUUGGUGAAAUAUGGACUUAAGAAAUAUUUUAGUUUCAUAUUUGUUGAAAAUAACACUUUUUUUUUAAUGAAACAAGACAUCUAAAAAUAAAAACAAUAACACUGUAAUCUAUUGUUUUAAAAAUGAAAUUGUGCUAAAGAUAAAACCAUGAAAUCUUGUCCUAUCAAUAGGUAAAUGUUUGUUUGUAAUUAUCACUGUUGAUUACUACAUAGUCUUCGCACCCUGAGUACGUCCUGGUUUCCCCACCCCUUACCCCGCCAGACCGUAUGCUGUCCUGGAGGCUACGGUAUUCGGAGGAACGAUGUGGCAUUGUGUUUCAUUUACUGUAUUUAGAAUAGUGACUAGAUUUUUGACUCAUGUAUCUUAGACUAGACUUCUCGUCUGCUUAGGAAACUGCAUGGCUUUGCCCACGUCUCAAGUGCCCAUGACCUGUGGAGUCAUCUGCAUCAAGAGUUCAUAACACACAAUGUUUCCUGCUGAAUCAAAACAUGUAUUAUUUUUUAUACUUUCAAAAUAACUAGUAUAUGCCAAAAUUAAGCAUGAACCCAUCUACGUAUUUAACUUUGGUAAUAAAGUAACAACAGUAAUAGGCUUUUGUUAAUUUAUUGUAAUGCUCAAUUCUUGCUCAAUCUAACCUUUGUGGCCGGUCAUACAUAUAUCUAAAAGCCACAUUUGCUCCUCAAUUUGGUACCCAAGCUCAGAGAUGAUGCAGUUCCGCAACAAACAGUUGGUCGGACAUUAGACUGGGGCUGAUUCCAGGCAUUUGCAAUAUGAGUGAUGUAUCGUUUUGUGCAGACAAUUGAGCGCAUAGAAAAAAGUACAUAAAUCAUUUUACAUAGAUAGUUGUUAUUUUUCAACCAGAAAUUACAUAGAAGUGCAUUUUGGUAAAAAUAAGAAAGAUGUAAAAAUUUUGAAUGAGUACACAAACAUAAUAUAAUGAUGUCUUUUGGUAAAGAUUUAAAUAAUGUAAAAAAAAAAUUUCAGCCACAAUAUUGUGCCUGAAGUACCUUUGUAGUAAUCAUGGGAGGAUUAACAAAAUGUGUGGUACACUCACUCUCUGAAUAACGAUAUUUGAUUUGCGCAAUUUUGAAGUAGCCCUUUUUCUUUUACAUGAAUUUUUAUUUCUGUACACGCACAAUGGUAACAGCACUUUUGUAGCUUUUAAUACAAUAAAAACAAUUAAUGAUGUGCAAAAUCAACAAACAAUAUUACGCUCUUUCUUUAAUAGCUAUUUGCUUCCUGCACUGUGUAUUUAUCUCAGACAAUGGCCCAAGUGUUCAGUCAAUGUUUAUAUUACGCCAUCCUGUAUGUCAGCAGCAGCUGUGGAGAGAAAAGCCAGAAGCUUUCAGUGCUAGUCUACCUCGUGCAUACUAGGAUGCGCUGGUUUCAAACAAUGGCAGACAUUUAGCAAACAACAGAGUCUGGAAUUACGUGAACAGGUUAAAUAAUAUUUUUAAUAAUAGAAAACAUUUAGUUUAAUGAUUUUUUAAAUCUUUUUAUAAUUAAAAUACUUCUCUUAUACUAAUUACAUUAUUAUUUUACAACUCAGAAAUGUUGUUAGAUUCUCAUAUGAAUGUUAUCCCCAAGGCCUAUUUGCACCCCGUGAAUUUUUUUAAUUUAAUUUUAGGUUGUUUCAACUACAUAUAUUACUAAAAAUUUCUUUACAUGUACUUUUAAUGUAUUUAGACAUUUAUUAGAACUGUAAAUUGUUUUUAACAGAUGUAGUGUCUUGAUUAAAAUGUUUGUCAGCAAGCACACUUAGCUGAUUGGAAAACAAAUUAUUUUGAUUAACAUUCACUCGUUUGGAAGGAACGUAUUCAAAUAGCACUCUGUUUUCCUGAAUUAGGGUGUUACUUCGAGGGGUGAGUGUACUUUGUAUUUUUGGCAGUUGAUCAGCUACGUAGUAGCAAGUUUUUUGCGAGUGUCUGCUUUGUCCCGGAGAGUAAAGUCACUGAGCUGGCAUAGCCUGCUAGUUACGGUAGAGAGGGGAACAAAGUGUGAUGAAUAAAAGCACCAAACGGAGAACACUCGUUGAAAGCAGAGCCCUGCAGUUUCUUGUCCGAGUGUCUGCGUCCAUUUCUCUCACGUUGCGGGCUGCCUGCCAACAACCAAGUUUUAUUUAUUGUGACUGUGAACAACAGUUUGUGUUGUAACACCAUGUCCAAACCUAUUGUACCAUUAUGUAUACAUAUGAAUAAUAAAUAUAUAUAUAUAUAUUGUUAAAAAAAACUGUG